AUGUCUAGUGUUAAACCCGAGUUGAAGUUCGUCGAUAAUCUCGAUGAACGUAACUUCUAUAAAAAGUACUUUGCUCUCGAACCAAAAAAUGACAAGACGUUGAGGGUGGUUGAUAAAGGUGACUACUAUAGCGUGUUUGAUGACGAUGCCGAGUUUGUGGCUGAGACCAUUUACAAGACUCAGUCAGUGAUCAAAAAGGCUAAUGUUGGGACCAAGCAGGUGAGCUACGUUACAUUAUCCCCUGCAGUUUUUUCAAACGUUUUGAAGUUGUCGGUUAUUGAUCUUGGCUACAAGGUUGAGAUCUACAACAAAGGUUGGGGAAUUUUGAAGAUGGCGUCCCCCGGAAAUCUCACUGCUAUUGAGGACAUGAUCAACUCGUCCGAAUUGAAUACAUACUCGCUUAUCGCGGCUGUGAGAUUGGUUAACACGGCCUCGGAGGGCCGCAAAGUUGGUCUAUCGUAUCUCGAUUCGAACGCCAAAACCAUUGGACUGUGCGAGUUCUCCGACAAUGAGAUAUUCUCCAACCUGGAGUCCUUGCUGAUCCAGUUGGGUAUCAAGGAGUGUUUGGUUGCAGCGAAUCCCGCGAAUUCUGGAAAAGCGGCCGACCCUGACUCCGAAAAGCUAUUGCAGCUUCUUGAGAAAUGUGAUGUCGUCUGCACUUCUGUGAAGUCAGGUGAUUUCAACACCAAAAACAUCGAGCAGGAUCUCGUGAGACUUACUGGAAACGAUUUGGUUUUGUCCACUAACGAGUUGUCAUCUCUGGCGAUUGCCCUCUCCAGUGCUACGGUUCUAGUGGGUUACCUGAAUUUGAUGAAUGAGGACUCCAACUUUGGAACUCAUAAGGUAAUUGAGUACAACCUGGAGCAGUACAUGAAGCUCGAUUUUGCUGCUGUUAGGGCCCUCAACCUGUUCCCCCCUCCUGGCUCGAAUAACAUGAUGAACAAGAACUCAUCCCUUUUUGGGCUCUUGAAUCAUUGCAAGACCACGGGUGGCUCGAGAUUGUUGUCUCAAUGGAUCAAACAGCCUUUGGUUGAUGUGAAGGAUGUUGUCAGAAGACAAAUCAUUGUUGAGCAUUUGAUGAACGACACUUCCUUGAGGAGCUCUUUGCAAAAUCAGUUCCUGGGCCAUGUUCCCGACCUUACAAAGUUGGUGAAGAAGCUCACUAACGGAAAGAGCGCCAAAUUAGAUGAUGUCAUCAGAAUCUACCAGCUAUGCGUCAAGAUUCCUGACCUCUUGGAUAUGAUCACCGCUUCAGCUGAAGAUGCGGUGAUUUCUGAAGAUGCCAGAAACGAGGGAAUGUCGGCCAAGGAGCUCUUGGAAGAGCUUUGGAUUGACCCUAUUACGGAGUCCUUGCCUCACUUGACCAAAUUUCAGGAGCUGAUUGAGUCUACAAUUGACCUGCAAUCUCUCAACGAGGCAACGUCUGCCUCUAGUUCCAGUUCCAUGAUUGCAAUCAAUCCUGAGUUUGACGAAAACUUGCUCAGGAUAAGCAAGGAGCUGGACGCAAUCAAAGAAGAUAUCAGGGCUUGUCACGAGACUGUUUCUGAUGAUCUUGGGAUGGAAAUGGAGAAGAAACUUAAAUUAGAGAACCACCAUGUGUACGGCUACUGCUUCAGACUUACCAGAAACGAUGCGUCAGUACUUAGAGGAGACAAGAAAUAUCGUGAACUCUCUACUGUCAAGGCAGGUGUAUACUUCACUUCAUCUGAACUUACUGCCUUGUCACAGGAUGUUUUGAAACACGAAGAGGACUAUCAGAAAUUCCAAAGCAAUGUUGUACGGGAAAUCAUUGAGAUUACCGCGACAUACUCUCCAAUAUUCUUGAAUAUCCAAAUCAACCUUUCGAUUCUGGACGUGCUCACAUCCUUUGCUCAUGUUUCGCUCUACGCUCCAACGCCAUAUGUCCGUCCAUUAUUGCACGGAAUCAACAGUGAUACUAGGCGCACUGUUCUCCACGAAUCCAGACAUCCAUGCCUGGAGGCCCAGGAUGACAUUACGUUCAUUGCAAAUGACAUCGAGCUGGUGAAGUCAGAAAAGGAGUUCUUGAUCAUUACCGGUCCAAAUAUGGGUGGUAAGUCGACAUAUAUCAGACAGGUUGGUGUGAUCGCUCUGAUGGCUCAAAUUGGAUGCUUUGUUCCAUGCAAUGAAGAUCCCGAAAUAUGCCUCUUCGAUUCCAUUUUGGCAAGAGUUGGAGCUUCCGACUCUCAGCUGAAGGGUGUAUCUACUUUCAUGUCUGAAAUGCUUGAGAUGUCUUCCAUCCUGCGUACAGCCACUGAGAAUUCUCUCAUCAUCAUUGACGAGCUUGGAAGAGGUACGUCCACAUACGACGGUUUCGGUCUUGCUUGGGCCAUUAGUGAGCACUUGGCUAAGAACGUAAAAUCGUUCACCAUGUUUGCUACUCAUUUCCAUGAAUUGACCGCCCUUGCCAACCAGAUCCCAACGGUCCAAAACCUUCAUGUGGUUGCUCACAUCUCCGACGUGUCGGAGGAAGAGAAGAAACAGACAAACCCAUCUGAUGAGAUCACUCUCCUGUUUAAGGUUGAGCCCGGUGUUUCUGAUCAAUCUUUUGGAAUCCACGUAGCUGAGGUCGUGAAGUUCCCACAGAAGAUCAUCAGCAUGGCUAAGCGCAAGGCCACCGAGCUGGAGGAUUCUGAGUCUGCUGCCAAAGACCCGUAUAUCAGAGAAAAACGUACGAAAUGUACAGACCAAGAGAUCUUGCAAGGAAACGAGCUUCUCCGGACGAUUUUGAAAAAAUGGAAGUCUGAGGUGGAGUCUGAAGGUGAUGGUGCUGGCUCAGCCAAAACUCAGGCGAUACUCAAGAGAUUGGUGGAGAAUGACUUCAAACAACAGAUUGCGUCUGAUAAGUUUGUAAAGGAGGUUAUGACUCUUUAA